AUGAUAACUCCCAGAGAGUGUACAAUAAAUGAUCCUUACCUAGACACAUCAAAAAAAAAAUCACUACAUGGAAAUUUUCUUCACAUCACUGAUAUUCAUCCAGACCCUCAUUAUGUAGCAAAUUCUACCGUUAGGUCAAGAUGUCACGGAGGUCAUCCAAAAAAAAGAAAGAAAAAAUCUCAAGAACUUUCUGGAGCUUGGGGUACUUCAGCUACUAAAUGCGAUACUCCUAUGAGUUUGCUGGAUGCAACGUUUAACUGGUUAGAAACCAAUUGGAAAGAUAAAUUAGACUUUAUUAUAUGGACAGGUGACAACUCUAGGCAUGAUAACGAUGAUAACAUACCACGAAGUGCUAAAGAAGUCUUUGAACUAAAUAGAAUGAUUGCAACCAAAUUCCUCGAAACAUUUACCAAUACUAAAGGUCUACCAAGAAAAAAUAAGCCAAAAUUUAUACCUAUCGUUCCUUCAAUAGGAAAUAAUGAUAUUCAUCCAAAUAAUAUUCUUUUACCUGGACCAAAUGAUAUUCUUUCAACACUUUAUUCUAUUUGGGAGCCUUUUAUACCUGAAAGUCAACGUAAAACAUUCCUUGAAGGAGGAUACUUUUAUACCGAAGUAAUUCCUAAAAAACUUAUAGUCGUAUCAUUAAAUACGAUGUACUUUUAUAAUACCAAUACAGCAGUUAAUGGAUGUAAAUCACCUGAACAACCAGGAACAGCUGAAAUAAAUUGGUUAAGAAAUUUAUUAAGGAAAGCAAGAAAAACUGGAAUGAAAGUUUAUUUAACUGGUCAUGUUGCUCCAAGAAAAAAACAAUAUACGAGAACUUGUUAUAAAGCAUAUCAAAAACUUUCAAUAAAAUAUCAUGACCUUAUAUUAGGACAUUAUUAUGGUCAUUCAAACAUGGAUCAUUUCUUCUUUAUUGGAGCUAAGAAGAGCUUGAGCAAAUUUCGGAAUAAUUAUCCAGAAGAUUAUCCAGAAGAUUCUACAGGAGAAAAUUACGAUGAUGACAAUUUUGUAAAAACGGCUAUGAAAACGCCAUCUGCUAAAAUUGACAAAUAUUUGAAAAAACUUUAUAAUCAUUAUCGAUCAGUUCCACCACUUACUAAAGGUGUCGGUAAAGAAUAUGCUGUCAUUCAUAUAAAUCCAUCCGUAAUUCCCGUAUUUAAUCCAGCAUUAAGAAUCUUUAAAUAUAAUACGACUGAAGUUGAACAUUCAAAUUCAAAAAAGAAUAAACCACCAAAAAGUCAUGAUCCUAACGCACCUUCCCACAUAAAUACUUUCCUUACUCCAUUAGGAUACACACAAUAUUUCAUAAAUCUUACUCAUAGCAACUUAUUCCCAAAUAGUGAACCAGUAUACACAGUUGAGUAUACAACUUGGGAUGAUUAUCAUAUGAAAGAUCUUACAGUGCCAAGCUGGAUUAAUUUGGCACGAAGAGUCACAGGACGUAAAUUAAGAAAUGAGUUAUGGAAAAAAAUUGAAAAUAAUUUAAUGGUUGGUACAAGAUCGUUGAUAGAAAAUGAUGAAAAUUUAUAUCAAGAUGGUAAAUCCAAAGGGCCCCAAGAAUAUAUUUCCGAAAUUGUUUUUUAA